AUGGUGGGUCCGACAUCAAGAAGAAAACCCCAACUGACUACAUACACAGCGCUCAUGUAUGCCUCUAUCAAAGGCAAUGUAGAUGCUGUCCGACAGUUGUUAAGGAGAGGAGCUGACGUCAACAUGGCGGCGCAUCUAGGAUCCACGCCUUUGAUUCUGGCUGCAGAGAGAGGAUACACUGAGACAGUGGGUCUGCUGUUGAUAAACGGAGCUGAGGUCGAUUUUAAAAGCUGCAAAGGUGCUACGGCACUGAUAUACGCUGCUGAACACGGCCAUGUGGAGGUGGCACGUCUUCUCCUAAAGAGAGGAGCUAUGAUUAAUGCAGCAGAUAGCGAGGGAUCAACACCGCUCAUUGCUGCAGUAUCAUCCGGUCACGUCGAGACAGCGCGUCUGCUGAUAGAGAAGGGAGCCAGCGUUGACAAGACCGAUAACGACGGGUACACUGCUCUCAACUACGCUGCACUAAACGACCAUAUCGAAUGUGUGCGUCUUGUAUUAGAAAACGGAGCGGACAUUGACCACUUGACCCCUGACGGCAGCAUGCCUCUUGCCGCGAGCUGUUCUCUAGGCUAUGUGGACAUUGCUCGUCUAUUGCUCGACAAUGGAGCAGUCGUUGACAAUCUACAAGAAAAAAGAAUUUCUGCUCUCGAAGCUGCUGCUGGCAGCGGUCUUGUAGAGCUUGUACGUCUCCUAUUGAAGAAAGGGGCUGACGUGUCAAGAACGUUUUUUAUCGAGGUUCUGAUUGAGUAUGGAGCUGCCGUUGACGCCACGUUGGACGAUGGGUCGUCUGCCGUCAUGAUGGCAGCGCUCUUCGGAAAGACAGAAACGAUCCGUGUUUUACUGAAACACGGCGCGAAUGUAGACUUGGCAGACUCGUCCGGUAAAACGCCGUUGAUGCUGGCAGUCCAGUGUCAGUAUGUGGAGGUGGUGGAGUUGCUGUUAAGCGCUGGUGCAGCUGUAGACGCCAAGACUCAUAGCGGGGAGACUGCGCUGCGCUUAGUCGGUUAUGCAGAUAGCGUCAAGUGUGCUCGCUUGCUGUUAGAUUGCGGCGCGGACGUCAACUUGGCUGGCAGAAACAAUUGCUCGGCCUUGCAAAGCGCAGUAUUUAAAGGUCAUCUGGAGCUAGUGCGGCUUUUAUUGGCUAGAGGUGGGACGAGCAACACUGCAGACAGCGACGGAGAUUUCGUGCUCCAUGAAGCUGUUCUGCACGGACGUCUCGAGAUAGCACGGUUGCUGCUGGAGCAUAGAGCUGAUGUGAACGCAGUCAAUGUGAUGGGGUGGUCGCCACUGACGGUGGCUUCUCAGCGUGGCUAUGGGGGUAUUGUCACUCUCUUUGUUGAGGAAAGUGCUACUGUAGAUGCACGAACAAGUGAACAGCGGACAGCUCUGAUGUACGCUGCCGAAGAAGGGCAUUUGGAGAUCGUCCGGCUGCUUUUGGAGCAUCAUGCGGACGUGAACGUAGUGGAUGUGGACAUCCAAACACCGUUGAUGAAAGCUGCUUACAGAGGACACGACGAGAUCGUUCGGCUGCUACUGGACAGCAAUGCAGACGCCGAGAUUGUCAGCAGCUCGGGGCGAACAGCAGCUGAAUUGGCUCGUAUCAAUUGCAGGCUAACGAAACCGGAUUGGUUCAUCCCGAGUCGCGAGGUGCGGAAGGAUCAGGAACCUUUUUCUGCAGGAUCGUUCGGGAAAGUGUACCGAGGCUGGUGGUUGAGUACUCGCGUCGUCGUCAAGACGGUCACUGUAGCCACUGAACAAGAAACUCGCACCUUCCAUCGAGAAGCGCGUAUCUGGCAAAAAGCCAGACACCCGAACAUCGUGCCAUUCUUCGGAGCUUGUGACGAAGGCGCGACGUAUUUCUUCGUGUGUGAAGAGGCCAAGAAUGGCAAAUUACUCGACUAUCUGUACCACGCAAGACAAGAGGGACGAUCUCUGGUCUGGCGGAAGUUGUUGGACGCUGCUCUCGGUCUGCACUUCUUGCAUGAACGACACAUUGUGCAUACAGAUCUCAAGUGUAACCAGAUCUUAGUGAGCAGGGACGGUGUGGCUAUGCUGACGGAUUUCGGACUGAGCUUCUUGACGACCGAGCAGAGCGAAGAUGAGAAAACGGUUGGCGCGAUUCGAUGGAAAGCGCCCGAGGUGAUCCGCAAGGACAGCCCUGUGGCUCCUAAUGUGGUUUCGGACGUGUAUUCAUUCGGUAUGUGCAUUGUGGAGGCGGUGACGGGCGACGUGCCGUGGGGUCAGCACGUACCAGACCCAGUCGUGAAGUUUCAUGUGACCCGCAGGAAGUUCUUGCUUCGUCCAAAGGCGUUUAGUAAUGACGCUGAGUGGGAAUUGGUGGAGAAGAUGUGUGCUUUUGAACCGUCUGAGCGUAUGAAGCUGUCAGAUGCGAUUGAGAAGAUUCGAGAGUUUGCAGAAGAGGAGCGAUUUCAAGAGAGAUUGCGACAGAUGCAGCAGGAAGGACCAGAAGACUUUGACUUUAACGUACGAGAGCGUCCUGGAGGCUCAAAGAUUCCGACGAUGGGGAGCGUUCGACCUUUGUCACAGGUGAAAUCGCUCGGCAAUUCCACUCGAGUGAAGAGAGAAGUGGGGAAUUUCAUGGCAGCGGCUUGAAUUCUUAAA